AUGCGAUCGGCUGCGAUGCUGUGGAUUUUUGGAGGGGAGGAGUGCGGGCUGCAACCGACCGUCGCACCUCUUGCACAACGUCUGUUGCUGUCGGGGCCGCUGGGCCAGUGGCCAGUCGCGCGCACGCGGUCGCCGAGGGUGGAGAGCGAUGGCUGCGGCGCGCUGGCGCUCCUCGCCCGACCUCUCGGCCCAGGCCGGGCUCCUGCGCACCACGCGCCGCCGCCUGCGCUGGCGGGACCUCGCGGCCAGCCGCUGCUGAGCCCUAGCCCCAUCCCGCACGGAGGUGGUGGGAGCGGCGGAGGUGCGUUCUCCCGCUGGUCCACGUCGCGCCUGUGCGGGGGCUCGGCCACCACGUCGGCAUCCACGUCGCCCGGCGGCUCUGCGCGCUCCUCCUUCAACUACCGCCAGCCCUACCUGGGGUGGCGGUCGCAGGAGCGGCUGGCGCGGCCGCGCACCCCGGCCGAGCGCCUAGCGGCCGGCCUCUUAGCGGACAAGCAGGCGGCGGCGACACCACAGGUGCCAAACUUAUCUGAAGUGCGCACAUCCAUUAAAGAGGUCACAUCGGCCAUUGUGCACUAUGUGUCAGGAGUGAGAGAUGAUGGCUCUUCUGAAGCACUCACUGCUCCUCAGCGACAUGAUUCCAGCAUCAGUCCUCGUUCUACUAGCCCCCGAGGGUCUGGUCGACUCUGCUGGGUUGAGAGUUCAUUUGUUGGUUCAAGGCCAUUGGAUAGUCCAGAAACACCACUGUCAUUGACAGGGUCUGAUCCCACCACCAAAAUGGGAGACUUGUAUUUGGAGCUGAAUAAAUCACAGGGUUUCUCGCAACUGAAUGGUGAACCACAACUAGUUAUGUAACAUGGCAGGACAAAGCAGUACUCAUCCAUAUCCAAUUUGCAUUAAGCACAUCUAUCCAACCACAACGCGAGUUUUCACCCAGUACUCCCAUUCAAGUGAGAAAUGUGCUUUAUGGCAUGGUAGCUACAUCAGAGUAUUAAUUGGGUGCAUUUAAAUAAAUACUUUUAUGCAUAGUUCAUUUUAUAAAAAUAAAUGGAGAUGUUACUUGAGUAAAGUUUUAAGUUAUAAAUAUUUUAUGUGUAAGGCAGACAAUAAAAAUUAUACAUAUAUGCAAAGUAUUUAUAAACCCUCCUUACAUUUUUGUUUCCAAGCCCCUCAGAUUCAGAUAAGGAUAUUUGCAUUGCAAUAUCAAUUUUAAGGUGCUUGGAGAUUAUUACAUAUUCAUUUAUUACUAGUUAUCAAUAUAGAUGUGUAAAUAAUAUUGCAUAUUGUCAAGUUCAUAAUGAUGUAUGACACAUGAAAUAACUUGAAAUAAUAGUUGAUAAUUCUUUUUACAAUUGCCUUAAUAUUCUCUGACCUUGUCUAAACUCUUUAUUUUAAUAAUAAGAAUACCUACUUUAUGUAAUAAUAAUAAUGAAUAUUAUUAUUAAUUUAAUACAUGUUCAUUCUGAAUGAAAACAGUUGCUGCAAAAGAUAUCUUCUAAAAUAUCUUUACUAGAAUAUUAGUUUCCCUGCUUGCAGAAAAGUCAGAAUAUGCACUUUUUUAUUUUUAUUCUCUAUAUUUGUAUAAUAUGGAAAACAAUUUUAUUUGGGUUAUGUUUCAUAAUAAUUGAAUAAAUGUUGCAGUGUUUGUUUUUCUCCCCCACUGUCAAUGUAAUGUUUUAAGUAAAAAAUACUUUGAUCGGAUUGAGUGUUGAUUUCCUUAAGUGUGCACUAUGUUUGGCAUUUUAUGUAGUUAAUGUAUUCAUUGCCUUUAGUUUCAAGUAGAUUGCACGUUUGUAUGUAUUAUGUUAGUAUUGAAUGAUCAGAGAAGUUGUUUCUUUAAGAUUCACUGCCUAAAGAGUAAAAUGUUUGUGUUAUUCCCUGUGCAUGCAGUUUGUGAAACUGUGAAACUGGAUCUGGAAGCUUUGUCUUUAAAAUAAUGUCUGCUUUCUGUUCCAAGUUAUUUUGUUUUUCCAUAUGUGUGAAUUGAGAAUAGAAUUAUGUGAUUCUCUGUUGAAAUAUUGUUUUGCUUAUCUUGUUCCUUUUGCCUUGUGGGAGAGAGAAGGAAAUACCAGAACAAACAAACUUGGUUGCCCAUAGCAACAGACAUGGCUUCUGUAUGUUGCAGUUGGGUGGGGUGGGAGAGCAGAGAUGGUGCAGACAUUCUGUGUUCAGUGGUUUCUAUUGGAGCUUGUUAAUGGGUUCAUUCCUUUAGGCAUUAUUUAACAGAGCCUAUACAAAAAUCACCUUCUGGGUGAGGGUCAUGAACCCAUUCUGCAAAUGUAGUAACUUUGUAAGGGAUUUGAGAUAGUGAAAAAACAUAAUAGACCAAAUUCACAUUUAAUCUUCUGUGCAAAAGCAAAAGGAAGAGAGAUAUGCAAAUGUAUAAAUAGUGUAAAGACUUUACUUAGUGUGGAAGGCAGUGUUCGAUAUGAUUAGAAAGUUUGCAUUUAAGAAAGGUAGGUGAAAUUGUAUAGUGUACUUUCAAAUUAUCACUAUUACAUUAAAAUCUUUCUCUUUGGAAAUACCAUGACAACUCUCUAGCAUUUCUUUGAUCCAUCGACACCUACCAUGAAUGUAAAAAGGGGUUGUUGAAACUUGAAAUUACAUUAAUAUUUUUGUCAUGGAACAUAACCUAAGUGUUGUAUGUUUUUUAUAUUUCAUGUAAAAGUCAAACUUUUUACCCAAGUGUCAAUUGAAAUAUUUCAUUUGAACUCAAACAGAUUUAUUUCAGUAAUGUUCUGCAUCAGAUUUGGAUUACUUUUUGUAUUUUUGCAUCAGAUUAUUACUACAAUAUUAAUAUUUCCAAUUUUAAUCUUGUCAGUUUCUCAAAUCAGCUGUUCAUUCAAAUAAUUUUAUGUGAGUGUGUUACGGUUUUAACAUGAAAACGUAAUUUGAAUAAAAUUUUUAUACUUCUAAUGACUUCUUUCCAGGAAUGAUGCAAAACUCAUAAAUUGUGAAAGUGUUUGGAAGAAUCAUAUUGAAUAUGAAUGAUGGGCUGUGCUCAUUUUAAAAAGAAUUAAACUCUGUGAAAUAAUUUCCGUAUUAUGAGAAACAAUGAUGAUAUUUCAUAGUUUUUAAUGCAUUUUACUAUCAUUGUGGCAACUCAUUUAAGUGAUGUGUUUCUGUUCGUUAUGAUGUAUUGCUUCAUUUUUUCAUUUAUUUUCUGUUUAAAAAGUACUUAUAAGUUUAUAUUAAUUUAGUAAGCAAUUUGCAGUGUAAAUAAAUAUUUGUUUGGUUAUAUUUUUGCUUUGUUUUAUUUUAUUUUCCUUUCUAUUUACAUUUUGGAGGGAAGCCAGA